AUGGCAAAGCGUUUGAUUCCGACCUUCAACCGCAUCCUCGUCGAGAAAAUCGUCCCUCCUUCCAAAACCUCCGCCGGAAUUCUCCUUCCGGAGAAAACCUCCCAGCUUAAUUCGGGAAAGGUUGUGGCUGUUGGACCUGGAUCGAGAGACAGAUCGGGAAAUUUGAUUCCGGUGUCUGUCAAGGAAGGUGACCACGUUCUAUUGCCGGAGUACGGUGGCUCUCAAAUUAAGCUUGAUGACAAAGAGUUCCAUUUGUUUAGGGAUGAGGACAUUUUGGGUAUUCUGCAUGAUUGA